AUGGGUGGAAACGCCUUCAACGCCGUUCUUGCAGCCAAUGCCUUUCCCCGUAUACCACCAAAGGUCUAUCGCGCACUUAAAGCACGUCUUUUCCCUGCCCUCGUGAACCUAUAUAGCUGGGUAGGGGUACCUAUGGAAGCUCCAGAAAAAGCAAACUAUGGCGAUCUUGACUUUCUAGUAGCUUGUCCAAAAGCUUCAACAUCUAAUGAAGCCGUGGAUAUACCUCAUCAAACAAUCCAAAGUGUCAUUGGGGCCACCUUUGUCAAUCCAAUGGAAGGCAAUAGAACAUCCAACUAUGCCGUACCCGUUGAGCUGGGCGAGUGGGGUUCCCAUGGACAUGCUCAGGAAGAAGAGGACAGUCGUCGGUUGGCUGACGAUGGGAAAAUCUUUUACCAGGUCGAUGUUCAUGUCUGCACUGACAAGGCGGAAUGGGACAGGGUUAUAUUUUUUCACUCCUAUGGUGAUCUCGGUAUGAUCUUGGGCCUUGUUGGCAGGAAUAAUGGUCUCGCACUCGGAGUAAAGGGAUUAAAGAUUCCUGAUCCUCCCAACCCACCCUUUCCAUUGAGCGAGUCGUUCUCGGAAAUCACCCAAUUUUUGGGACUUCCAAUGGAAGUCUACAACGCAGGUUUCAAAACCAAAGUGGAGAUCUUUGAAUGGGUUGCAUUGAUGAAAGGCUUUACGCCUCAUCAAUUUCGUACUGAAGGCGCGGGGAUAUCAAAAGUCAAAGCAGACCGCAAAAUGUAUGCAGAGUUUGUUCAAUGGGUGCAAGCUAACACUCAAACAAAACCAUCGGAGCAUGGUAGCCGUGAGGAAAGACAAGAGAAAAUCCGAUCGGAAGCCCUGGCUUUUUUCCAGAAGAAAGAGGAGUUCGAGGCACUCGCACGGGCAAGGAAUGACAGGCAGCGUCUGAAGGAAGUUUUCUCGGGUUCUCGUGUGCGGGAGUGGGCUGAGAUGGGUGAGCGGUGGAAGGGCGUCAAAGCGAUCAUGGACGCUGUUCGGCAGCGACUAGGUGGCGAGGAAGGCGUGCUGAAGUUUGUAACGGAGAACGGCGAGGAAGAGUUGAGGAAGGUUGUUCUGGAAGUUAGGGACAGCCUCGGUCUCGACGUUGUUUCGACGGACGUUGGGACUUUGAACACCUCGAGUUCUUCGCAGUUUUCCAUCACCCCUGCGGCAGACUCUACUGAACAGUGA